CCUUAGGCGACGAAUAUUAUUUAGGGCUACAUUAUUAGUUAACUAUCUAUGAUACGUCUGUACAAGGCUCCUGGGUCAUAAAUCCUAUUCUAUGUAUAUAUGAAGUCUUUUUUUUUCUUUCCUUCCUCCUGUUCAACCAUUCCCCAAUUCUCCCCAACCAUUUCCCAAACCUCUCCUUACUAUCCUCAUCUCUCAAAUUACCUCCUUGCCCAUCUCACCAUCAGAAUGCCAGUUAUGCUGACCACGGCGAACCACACCAAUUGAAGAUGAACGGUUUCCAAAGCCACCAUUGCUAAUGAGCUUACCGAGCGGGCAUGUCCAAAAGAACAUCGACGGAGCACAGGUGCUGCAAAAAAAUCACAUCAGCCCUUCUAAUCACGGUUUUGUUCGAGCUGUUUUCCAUGCAUAUAGCUUCCAUCAACAUAUCACGCUGCGUCCAGAAGAUGUCUGGUUCUCGAAUUUGUCACAAUUGUCGUCCUUCAUCAACGCGCAGGACGGGAGCAUCAAUAUUGUGGAAUUGGGUGAAUUGGCAGUUCGCAUGACUGACAUGGUUGAGCAGAAUGUCGUCAAUCCUCAGCUCCGGACGUGGAUCAUGCCUUCGUUUAGUACCACCGCGGACUCGGAUAAAGUCGUCGCAGCAACCCUCAUGAUGGGCUCCUUGCAGAAGUACUUCUCGUACAGAAUGUCACUCUGCUACGGGAUUUCAUCGGUGACAUUACUCAGAAACCGCGAGGAUUGGGAGCAAUUGGUGAUAAAACUCGACAAUAUCCCUACACUAGGAAAGGGGCCCCACAACUUUUGCUCCGGGAGCGGUCCCCACUAUCUCCACGGACUGAUCGCUACUUUCUGCUUCCGGGGCGAAAUGAAUGACUCCUGUAUCAAAUUUGGGCUUGAAAAGGUUCUGUCUCACCGCGUGGAGAUGAACGAUAUCCGAAGCGUACUUACCUCAGUUCCCGUGACAGUCAACGAUAACGGCGGUGUGCAUGAGACCAAGAUGGUUGCCGGUAUGGUAGGUAUACAGGCUACAUCCAAUGGAUAUCCUAUGGAUCGAGCGCGUGACUAUGAAUAUGGGCCUGGUGGCAAAAGAGUUUCCGCUGGCCCUGUUGACCAACCUAAUUCGGAUUCAAUUCAGCUCGUCUCAGGCUGGUGGACGUGUGAUAUGGAGAGUUCAGAGAUAAAGCAAGCGCGGCAGAAGGAGAAACAAGCCAUCAUAGACGGGCUUAACAUGUUGAAAUAUGCCGAUAAUAGUUACUAGGCUAAAAAGCGGGAUUACCAGUUGCGCAGGAAAUUGGAUGACGAGCUGAAUGGACCGAGGGUCAUGUUCUAA